AUGUCCGUCUCGCAAAGAUGUGAACUCCCGGUAUCGAUCGUUGACAGAAACUUUUGGGGGACGCUUAUUUCUCCCUUCACUAGCACAGGCUCUAUGGGGUAUCAUAGCGCAGCUGCGUUUUGGAACAUCGAUCGGCUUCUCCGCCGACGCAGCAUUCAGUAGGCAGUUGCAGCACUAGAGCAGAGAAUCAGUUGCCGUUCGUCUGUCAUACCGAACUGACGCGUAGUCCUUUUGUAUUCCAAGUGUGUGUAUGUGUGCGUGUGUGUGUAUGUGUGUCGAUGCAUUUCUGUGCGAUGGAAGAGACGACAGACACUCGCUGGCAGUGCUGGCCGGUGCACGAUGACAAGGAUGUUAAUGUCGAAAACUCUUUUGAAGAAACUCCUCUUCACUUGGUUAUCCGAAAAGGUGAUCCCGCUGCCGAACUGGUAAGGUUGCUUCUGAGACACGGAGCAGACGUCAACUUAGUCAACGCCGAAGGCGAAACUCCACUUCAGUUGGCUGUUCAAAACGAGAGAUGCAGUUACAAACUGAUCGAAUUGCUACUGGAACACGGAGCCGAUGUCGAGGCCAAGACAGCAGUUAACGGCAAUACCGCCCUGCACUGGGCCGCGGCUAACUCCUCGACUUCUUCUAAUAAAGACUACUACGAUAGUAGCGACUGUGGCAUCGUUGAUCUUCUGGUGAAACAUGGCAGCGAUGUCGACGCCGUUAACUCGACAGGCGAUACUCCUCUUCACUUGGCAGUGCUAAGUAAGAAAGAGUACCCACCGAUUGCCGAUCUACUUGACAACGGUGGCGACGUCGACGCGACGAACUUCAAGGGAGAUAGUCCUCUCCGUUUAUGUCUGCGAGAAGGAGGAUCCAAUACCUUGAUCAUCUACCUGCGUCGCCUCUUGAGAAAAACUAGGGACGUAAACGCCGACGACCCCAAGGGCCAGACUCUGCUCCACACGGCUGUCCAAAACAAAGCCUGCGCCAAAGUGACCUUCAUCAAAAUGCUUCUGGAUCACGGAGCUGACGUCGGUAAAAAAGACGCGAAAGGCAAAACCGCGUACCAGGUAUACCGUCGUGCUGUGCAGGCUAAAUACCGUCGCCGCAGACCGGAUCACAUGUUGGAGAUACUACUUCAGUCGAAGGAAAAGCAGCUCGCGAACUCGUCGUUGCACGUGGCCUGUAUGCUUCACAAGGUCGACUCGGUACGCAAGUUGCUGAUGACGGGUGCUGAUAUCAACGAGCUUGGCAAUUUCGGCCAUCCGCCUCUGUUCUACGCUCUCAUCGCGGCGCCGGUCGACGUUGACAAUCCAGCUGACAAGUGCUCGACCGUGAAGCUGCUGCUUCAUUACGGUGCUGAUGUCAACCACAAGCUUCAUCGACCUGACGUGCCGAUGUCGACCUAUACCUGUUGGGAGAACGAUUACAACACCUCGCUCCUGAACUUACUGUUCCUAGGUAGGAGUUUAGGUUGGGCGCGGAAAUUGAGGCACGUCCUCAAUCCCAUCACCGUUGAGCACAUGGCUAAGCUCCUAACCCUGCACGAGGAACAGGUCGAAAGAGGCAGUAACGCAAAGGUGCUGAGUAAAUACAAUCUCCGGAUGAUAAAGUCACUCCCAUCAGUGUCGAUCAGCUUGAGAACUGGCUGCAUCAAAGACUUGAGAGCGAUGAGGGAGACCAAGGUAGGCGAGGUAUCUUUUUUGGACUUUCUGCUCGCCGGCGCGAAAGAGACCGAGAUUUACGCUGAUAACGAAGAGCUGCUCGAGGCGCUUCGUAAAAAAAAUUCCGCCUUUCCGAUCUACCAAGGAAUGCUGGAGGCGAAGCUAAUUGCCAUCGGUGGACUCGAGCGCCGAACGCGCGUUUGCACUGCUCAGGGUUUAUUUUCGAAAAUUCUUAUGUUAUUCAAAAGUGGACUGAACUUCAUUCGACGGAUUAAGACAAAUAAAGUAACGAAGACAAAGUAUAACGCAAUCUGACAUCAGUGUCUCAAUUAUUGUUGCGUUCAUCAUCAUCAGACUAUUGUGCUAAGAACUGUACUGUUUGUUACGUCCUUUUUUCUACCGUAGAAAUUAAUUGAAUAAAAGUUUUUAAUCAACUUA